UAAGCUACAGCAGGAGGAGUCUGGGAGGAUUCCUCACGUUAAGAAACUUCUGGAAAGGGCCCUGUCUGUGGGAUUUAAUGACUCUUAUGACUUUUUAAUGUUCAUGCUCCUGUGGAACUCUGCUAAACUCUGGAUUAAUCACAGCGAGAAGCAGCAGAGAGCCCAUUAGAGGGAGCCACAGCGCCGGGAGCGCCCGCAGCAUCGUCCCUUAUCGUCCCUCACCCUCCUCCUCCACUCCUCCGCGUGUGUAGCGGCCGCGCGCCGCUGCUCCUUCAUUAACCAUGAGUCCCGCCGCAGCACGCGCUCUCCUCGCGCUCCUGCUCGCGCUCUGCGCCCUCAGCCCGCUGCUCACAGCCUUUAAACCGUCGCAGCCGCGCAAUGUGAAGCUGACGUCGGUGGACAAAGGCUUAAAGGUGACGUGGGAGCCACCUAAUGAGCUGGACGGUCGGCCAGUGGACCGCUACAAUAUCGGCUACGGCAAGUCUAUGAAGACUCUGCGCUUCAUCACAGUGGAUAAGGACCGCCGCUCCGAGGUACUAGAGGACGUAGAGCCUGGAGUCCUGCACUUUCUCAAGAUAAGUGCUGGGAAUGAGGAGGGACUGAGUAAACCAGUCUACAAGGCAGAAACUCCAGGAGGAGGGGAAUUUGUAAAACUUGAUGGCUUUGCUGUUGAAUCUUCCUCCAAUAGAUCCUCCCCAGGGCGAAGGAUGUCAGAGAUUCCCUCUCAGGCGAACCCUCACACUACAGUUCAAAGGUCAGCAGUGCAGCAGCGAGCGCCACAGUCCUCUUCAGGCCAUGAAGCUCCACACAGAGGAGGAUAUCUCCCCAUCCGUCCUCAAGCCAAACACAGACUGGACCUCAGUCAGCCCCAAGCUGACCAGCGCAAUGCUAACAAGCCCAAACUCGCAUCUGAGUCCGUCUAUGUGGUAUCACUGCAGGCACAGAAAGGCCUACGGAGGAGUCCACAAUCCAACAAGGCCACCGUGAUCAAAACCCCUCCUCCAGAACCUGAGGAAGUGGAAGAGGCAAAGGACAUCACAGUGAGAAUUCAGUCUCCUCAGUCUGUCGCCAUCACUUGGGUGGACCCACUUGUGGAGAAACAGAAGAUCAUCCCUGAAGGCACCAGGCAUUACACAGUGAGAUACAGAGAGAAAGGAGAGUCUGCUCGGUGGGAAUAUAAGGAGACCACCCAGAGGCGAAUCAUCAUUGAAUCGCUUUCUGCAGAUGGAAUGUAUGAGUUCGCUAUUCGAAUCUCCCAGGGAGAGAGGCAAGGAAAGUGGAGUGCAUCGGUUUUUCAGAGGACUCCUGAAUCAGUUCCCUCUGGACCGCCUGAGAACUUCCAGGUGAAACCACUUAGAGGGAAAGGCACUGCUGUCACAGCAACAUGGGAUCUGCCUGAAGAGCCCAACGGUAAAAUAAGAGAGUAUAUUCUCUCCUAUGCUCCAGCCAUGAAACCCUUUGGAGCAAAGUCAGUCACAUACUCUGGAACUAGCACCUCUGCAACCAUAGAUGGACUGACUCCAGGGGAUCGCUAUAUCUUUAAAAUUCGAGCAGUCAACAGGAAAGGACAAGGACCACAGUCUAAGGCCAUCACUGUUGCAAUGCCCAGCACCAGCACUACUGCUUCAAGACCUCUACCCAGAAGCCCAUCUAGGCCAACACAUGCUAAUGUAGAAGAAACCGAAGAUCCUGACACUCACACCACCACUGCUCCACCUACAACCAAGAAAACACGCCCCCUCUCACAGACACGCUCUUUUCACAGCAUUUUCUCAGUGAGGGGCUCAGUCAGAAAUUCAGGCUCAAGGGCAAACUCUAGAUGGUCCCAGUCUAGAAGCAGCAAUAAAGAAUUGGAUGAGGAAGAAACAAAGACCAAAACACCAACAGAAGAAGAGGGUGGAAAUGAAGCUGUUGAGGACGCUCAACCAGAAAUUACAAACAAUGUUCCGUCAAAAACUGAGGAGGAACAAACCAAACCAUUUUCACCUGACAAAAACACGCAGACUUCACCUCCAAAAACGUCCUCUUCUGACUCUCUGCCUAAAACAUCGGACAGCCAUCGCCAUAGCCAGUCUUUCAAACCACGGAUAAGGAGACCAAUGUCACGCACCGGUCUUUCGCGGUCAGGUACUCAGAAUGGAGGCAGCCAAGAGUCUGCUGCCACACGAAAAGAUUAUACAACCAGUUCUUAUUCAGAGGGAAAGGAUUUGUACAACAGAGUUGGUGCUACAGAACAUAAAUCUUCUACCCCAUCUCCUCAGGAAACCAGAAUUGACACAGACAAAGAGUCAUCAUCAUCAUUGUUAACCUCAUCAUCCUCAUCAACUUCAACCUCUGAUGUCUCGUCUUCCUCUUCAUCAUCAGCAGGAGCCUCACUACCGUCUUCCUCAUCAGGAUCAGUUCAUUCUAACAGCAGGAGGGUGGGAAUUUCAGGUAGAGGUCACAGAUAUCAGACAGGCCAACAGAAACCAGGUUCAUCCUCAUCUACCUCAUCACAAUCCACAACAUCUACAGGAUCCAGGACUUCAGAUAAAAGUGAAACCCACCCCACAAGCACUCAGAUUACGAAAGACGAAAAAAAUAAAGAAGCAGAGAUUCAAAAUAAUGAAUCUCCGCCUUCCUCGCAUUCACCUUCCACAGUAAAUUCUGUCUCACCCAAAGAAGAUAAUCCACAGAAAAUAGAGAAGACUAAUAAUGAGGACAAAAUUGCAGCUCCCCCUUCUUCAAGAACAAACCCCAUUGUAGGACGAGGUGAAAAUUCCAGAAUACUAACGAGUAGUAGAAGACAAGAUGGCAGGGUACCAUGGAGCAGGACUGCUUCUUCUGUAGGUGCAGGAAGGCCAAUUCUGAGAGGAUUUCCCUUCCGUUCAAGUGCUUCAUCAGCUCAGGAUAGUAGCACUAAAAACAAGUCACCCCCGACAACUUACCCCUCAAAACAUGCAGUGGAGCUAACCUCUGCAGUGCCCACUGUAACCACGAGACAGGCCGUCACAGCCAGUCAACCCACAACCUCAAAUCAUCACACUCAAAAUGAGACCCCAAAGACUAGCAAUGAUCAUGAAAACGAUUACCUUUAUGAGGGCAGUAAAAAAAUGAGCAAUAAAGAGGUUGCCCCAACUUCCUCAGAUGUUAAGGAGAUUCAGCAGCCUCUACAAAUCUCCAAGGAUACUUCUCAGUCUGUCCCCGCUAUUCCCCGCAGACCAGUUUUGAGUUCAAAUGGAAGGGUUCGUUCUCCUGUUGUAGCAAGUCGACUGAAUGGGUCACAGUUCUCUGGUAGGUUGCAGCCAGUACAGCAUAACCGAGGCACGAGUAUUAGUAGUAGUGCUAAUAGUAGAUCAGCUCUUGGGUCACUCCCACGUUCACCGUUGAGGCAAUCCACCACUGUUGAAAGCUCAAACAGCAACACAGCAACUGAUUCCAAGACCCCCUCAGCUCCAUCUCGUAAUCCAGUGGUGGGAUCAAGGCUACGCUAUCCAAGCAGAUCUGAGACAGUUUCCCGAGGGAAAACUCCAGUCAGCGGUUACAAACCAAGUUAUGUACAAGGAAAAAAUGGACGACCGAAUCUUACAGCUACAAAUGGCAAACUUUCAUCUACAUCAGAUGAAAGUACAAAAGCCAAUGGAGUCAAAUAUAUCACUGGCCCUGAUGGAACCAGAUGGGUUGUAGAUCUGGAUAAGAAGGUCUUAAUGAAUGAAGAUGGGAAGGUUUUGCAGGAUUCUAGGGGCCGACCCAGGAAAGUGGUGCUUGGAGAAGAUGGGAAAACGAUUUUUGAUGAGCAGGGCACUCCGUUAGUGAACCAGGACGGUGUGGCUCUGUUCGGUCAUGGGAGGGACAGUCGGCCUGUGGUUAACCCCAAAGAGAAGUUUCUCACUGUGGGAGGAAAACCUGUGGUGGGCCUGGAUCGCCCUAAAAGCAGUACAACAACUACAACCACGGCAACCACAACUACAACCACAACAACCACAACCACAACAACAACUCCAGCACCUACCACAACUGAGAUGACAACUCUGGAGCCCACGACCACAGAAGCCAUCCCUACCUGCCCCCCUGGAACAUUUUCGAGGCUGGAUAAGGAUGGAUUCCCUAUGAUGGAUAAUGAUGGUGUUCUGGAUUGCUACCCAGAUGAAGCUGGCUCAGGGAUGGGACUAGACUCCAUGGUUGCGCUCACCAUGGCCCCCGGCGAUGCUUUUGCUAUAGAGGAAGAUGAGUUUUUGAUGGAGACUACGGUGCUCCCCACCACUACUCAGCUGCCCACCACUACGACCACGACAACAACCACCACCACUCAGCACCCGACUCCUGAGACACGGCUGCUGAACAACACCCCUACUUCAGAGUUUGAUGUCACUGGCAAAAAGCGAUUCACAGCUCCUUAUGUGAACUAUAUCCAGAAGGACCCUGGUGCUCCUUGCUCCUUGACUGAAGCUCUAGAGUAUCUGCAGGUGGAUGUCUUGGCUAAUCUUAUCGAGAAAGACAGUACAACAGCCAAACAACAGCAACCACCCAAGAACAAACCACAUAACAUCACAGUGGUCGCCAUGGAGGGCUGUCACUCAUUUGUCAUUUUGGACUGGGCCCGCCCACUGAAGGAUGACAUGGUGUCAGGAUACAUGGUGCACAGUGCCUCCUAUGAUGAUGUUCUCAACAACAGAUGGUCUUCACGUCUGUCAUCUGGCACCCAUCUCCCUGUGGAGAACCUGAAGCCUAAUUCCAGGUACUACUUCAGAGUUCAAGCGAAGAACAUUUUUGGUCUAGGGCCGAUCAGCGAGACGUUAACAUAUGUUACAGAAUCAGACGACCCCCUACUUAUAGAGAGACCUCCAGGUGGGGAGCCUAUUUGGAUUCCAUUCACCUUCAGGUACAACCCCGCCCAUAGUUCCUGUAAAGGAAGUCAGUUUGUUAAACGCACUUGGUACAGGAAGUUUGUAGGCGUGGUUCUCUGCAAUUCACUGCGUUAUAAGAUCUUCAUGGGAGAUGGUCUAAGAGACACGUUCUACAGCAUUGGGGAUUCGUUUGGUCAUGGAGAGGAUCACUGUCAGUUUGUAGACUCCUAUCUAGAUGGAAGAACAGGACCACACAACCUCACCCUUUACCUGCCCACAGCUCAAGGUUACUACCGCUCGUAUAGGCAGGAGCCUGUAAAUUUUGGGCCCAUAGGCAGACGUACACCUCAUACUUUUGUUGGCUGGUACGAGUGCGGUGUCCCAAUCCCUGGCAAGUGGUAACGGAGGCUCUCUGAGAGCCAGACACCGCUGGCAUCUACAUUCCAUCCUCCUCCCCUCUCUGUUUGCCAACUCCAGAAUGAACUUUUGCUUACCAUGGUAACUGAACCCAAAACAACAUACUGUUUCUGACAGAGAGAAUAUAAUACUUAAAAUAACAAGUUUCUAUAUAAUUAUUCAAAUAUCAAGCACUUUUUUUGAAGCAGUCUGUAUAUGAGGAAAUACCAGCAUGUGUGCUCAAAGUAUUAAUAUCGUUUCAGGGACGUUGUUUCCUGUGUAAUUUCCAAUGAGAUUAAGAAUGGCUUCUGACGUUAUUUCUGUCUGGAAUAAUUUAUCGUAGUAUGACGCAGUAAGUAGCUUUAACAGGACCUGUAAUACAGAACACAAGCCCGACUAAGCAAUAAUUACAGAUUGCUGAAGCCUUGCAGAUACAGCGAUUUAUGCAUUCAUGAUGUAACAAAUGUUUCAUAUUUGAUGUUUCUUUGUAGUUGUUUAAUACCUUUGCUAGUUUUAUACUCGUUUUUGUAUCUUACCUUCAGCAACAUUUGGCUUGUAAGUAUUGCCCAUGUUAGGGCAGAUAAAGCGUUAUUUCCAUUUGCUCAGGAAAGGUUGAAAACUGAAUAAAGGUGCUGUGGAAAACAUGGAA